AUGGCCUCCCUUUGGGAGAUGGGAGCAUAUGCUUUCCGCGCUCUUGGAUCCAAGAACCAGCAAUCCUCUGGCAUUGCGACUGUUGCUCAGAUCUUAGUGCUGGUGGCUCCUAUCUGGGUCAAUGCCUUUGCAUACAUGGUCUUUGCUCGAAUGGUCCACUUCUAUUCGCCCACUCGCAAAGUCUGGUUUCUCUCGCCUUCUAUCCUCGCUCUGGUCUUCGUCACCCUAGAUAUCGUUUCUUUCGUCGUUCAACUCAUCGGCGGUGGAAUGGCUGGCCCUGGUGCAAGCGCAGAUGCACAAAAGAAGGGUCUGAACAUAUACAUGGGCGGAAUUGGUAUGCAAGAGGGCUUCAUUGUUCUGUUCUUGGGCCUAGUCAUCAAAUUCCAUCGCGACCAGCUACGGGCAGAAAGAGUAGGACGACUGACUGCGGACAAGAUGGGUAGCUGGAGAUGGUUAAUCGGGGCGCUCUACGGAUGUUUGCUGGCGAUCACAGUUCGCAUCGUCUACCGCCUCGCUGAGUUCUCCGGUGGUCUCGACCACAGUAAUCCUCUUCCAAGUAACGAGCCACUCCUGUACGUCCUGGAGUCGACACCAAUGUGGUUGGCCAUCUUGGUUUGGAACGUUGUCCAUCCAGGUCGCUUCAUUCGUGGCGAUGGCGCGAAGAUGCCGCGUUCAUGGCUUUCUCGCCAUCUGUGCUGCUGCUGUCGCAAACGUCGCUGCGACGAAUGCCAUAGCAAACUCGGCCACGGCGGGCUUCACCACCAUGUGGCAGAUGAUGCAGAACUAGAGAACAACAGGGAGAUGUUUCCUAUCCAGAUGACCCCCGCGGAUCGCGUCGUUGCUACUCCAGUCGAUCCUUUCCUGGACGCAUCAUCUCGUGCCUCGUCUCCGUACGGAUUGGACAGAGAGCGGGAACGAUUUCGGUGA